AUGGCAGGAAAGGGGUCAGUCUUGCAUAUCCGUUCAAAGGUCAGUUGGCGACAGGACUAUGAGGCGAAAUCGGGUACGGAUAGAAAGGCCACGCUACGGAUGCCUUCUCUGGUAGUGCUACGUCUGGGUAUGAGUCUGGGUCUCUUCGCGGCAUCCACUGCCUUGCACCAACAACAAUCAAAUCUGUACGAGGGGUUGGUCACAUUACCAAUGUCUCCUCAACUCAGUUUCUUUCAGCAACAUCGUAUGUGGGUAUCUAUCAACCUUGCCUACCUGAAUUCUAGCGAGCCUUACAACGACGAUUUGACAAGGCGAAACUGUGUAGGUAGCCAAUUCCAUAGACCAACGCAACGUCUCCGGCCGGAGCGGGAUUUGCUUGCGCCUCUCAUUCUUACUUGCAUAUGUCGUCCCAGUAAGACUGGCAACGGCCGCCACGUAGCCGAUACCCAAGGAGGCACAUUAACCCUCAUGGAGGCGGCAAGUGCAAGAACUUCGUCGUCAUUGCCCGCCUCUGAGUUAGACGAGUUUACCUGCAGUUGCGUCAUACCCGACGUCGCGAGCUUACCACAAACAACCUACCGUAUCAUGCUACCCAGGUUCUAUUGGACUCUCACUGCCGAUGUCCAUGGAGUUGACCGGCUACGAGAGUUUGGAUUUCAGACCAUGGGAACCAAUGUUGAACUCGGUCAGCACAGGUACAAUUAUCUGCAAACCACAACCAAAGCCUCGAAAAACACACAGACUUCCAUCAUCGCGGCCUCCCGCCCCUCUCUCGCUCUAACGCCAAAACAAAAGAAUUCCAUCUCCCCCCUCCCCUUUUCAGGCCCUCUCCUCUCCGCCGUGCUCCUUCUUUCCCCCGUCCCCUUCUUGGCCCGAGCGAAGCUAGGACCUGAACAACCAGACAUGAAUGGACGGCAAGGGCCCAUGAGGGUGAACGUUCUCCACUUGGCUUGCUUACCUAAGCAACUCAUUUUGCUAAGCAUCUGCCAUUUGGUGCUGCCCCUUUCCGGAAGCACAGACUCAGCGGGAUUUUGCUAA